UAUUUUGAAAGCUUAGUUUUUGUUUUUCCAAUAAAAAUAAUUUCAAUAAUUUCAUGUAUCUGAAAACCACACAUGGUUGAGACUUUCUAUAUAAUUGAAGCUAUUGCUGAUGAUUUUCAAAGAAUAGUGGCGCUUCUCAACUUGGGGCGAGUUCGUUAUUUCGGGGCAUCUAAACGGAAAAUACGUUCUGCUGAGGAAUUCUUUAAAAGUUAUGUUACACAUCGUUUCCUGGUCGAAGUGCAAGAAACGAAACGUACUAUUAUUGGUUAUGCCGAAGUUAGCAACACGCCCCAUGUACCCGCCUUGCCCGAAGAUUGCUGGGAAAAUUGGCUGAAACAUCACUAUUGUUCGCCACUGCCGCUGAGUCAGGGAAAUACGUUCUUCUUCAACACCUUCAUUUACCACAGGGACUACAAUCCGCAGCUGCUGCAACAUGUCUUGUGUGAAAUAUUUCAACGUGAAAAUAAAAUUCGUUAUAUUAUUGCCGUGCAGUGUCCCGAAUAUGGUGUCAAGUAUCCGAAAGAUCGUCCUGAUUACUAUUGUCUGGAACAAUUUUCCACGGUCUACUAUCCGAAAUGUUUCAGUGCCAUUACCUGCCCAAAUACCGAGCAAAUUCAUGUGAUACGUCGUGACGAUGUCAUACCCAAAAUGCGUUAUCGCAGAGCUUUGCCUGAAGAUAAUGAUGACAUUGUUGAAUUGGUGGAUCGUAAUCGUCCCGAUGUCAAGCAACAAUUGGGUGAAUAUUAUAUAGCCGAAGAGCUGCUAUCUGAAUCUUCCAAUAGUGUAAUUGUAAUAACUGAAAUUUCCCAUAUGACUGCCGGUUUUAUUUGGUUAAAUGGUCAUGUGGAUAUUUUGCCUCUGCUGGAAAACUAUGAACUUGAUGCGUUUGGUAAUUUGCUAAAAUUCAAUUCCCAAGAAAUAUUCAGAGAAAAACAAAUCAUUGUAAACUCGAUACGCCGACAUCCAAUAAAUAAACUUUUUAUUCACAAAGAAAUCGAUGAAGUAUUUAAAAAUUUGGAUGAGAAAAUUUCCAAUAACGAAACAGAUGAAAUUAACUCUCAAUGCAGUUCAACAGAUGAAACGAAUGAGUUUUAUGGAGGGCCAAUGAAAUGCUUCGAGAAACUGGAGAAAUUCGCGGAAGAACUCAGAAGUUACGACUUCUAUGUGAAACUACGCAAACGUCGCAAAAACAUUCUCUACAAUAUUAAAAAUGAGCACCCAACCAUGGACUUGAAUAGCCAGUCAAAUGUGUUUGUCAUACACCUAUUUGGUUUGAUGCAGCCGCAUGAUUUACGCAGACUAUUUCGUUAUCUGUUGACUGGUUUUGCUGCAUUUCCAGAACGCAACUAUUGUCUACUGUCCAUAUCUGUUGCCCAGCCGAUGAUACCGAUCUUAUUUGAAAUGUUGAAAUAUUUUAUUCCUGUCGUACCACGACCAGGUUGUAAAAUCGAUGAGCAUCUGUAUAUAACACAUCGAAGUGCCAUUUAUGGUGAUCUCACACUCUACCGCGUGGAGCCCGAAGAUGUUGAUGCUAUUAAGCGGCUGCUAAAUGAUGAAGUGCCCACCAUUAUGGCCAUACCAAGAAGGACACAACAAACCAGGCGUUCAACCAUAGCGUCCAAAAUUACUUUCGCCAUUUCGGCCACGGAUACUUCGCAUAUUUCUCUCAUUGCCGAUGAUGAGGAUCAAUUGCAAUAUGAUUUAAGAAUUGUUACGGCCAUUUUGGAAAAUAUUUUCUCUGAUCCAUUUAGUAAAUAUCAAUGUUUUACCAUCAAGUGCGGCGACUCGACCCAGCCAAAGGAGAAAAAUGUCCUUGUGGGUUUUAUUAUAUUGAGACCCUUUACCUCCAAUUCCAAUUUGGAAAAGCAUUUCCUUGUCCCCAAACUCAAAGAAGACCCAAUCUGCAACAUAGCCGAGGUGAUGAUAUUAAAAUUGCAUCCCAUUUUUCAUUUUCAAUCGGAUGUUGUGUUUCGAGAGCUGGCCCGUCAAUCCAACUGUUGGCAUUUUUACUAUUUUCGACCCACGUUAUAUCACUGCCUAUCUAAUGACUUAAUAUUGAAUAUGCAACCCUUGGAACCGCGCCGUAACAAAAAAUUAUGGUUUGAUAAAUCAUUAGAGGAACUUUCUCGGUCGCAAUCAUCCACUUCACAGGGAAAAUAUCAAACAUUAUCAAUGCAUGACCUGGACAUACAUCCAAUUGAUUUUUCCCAGGAUCACUUUGCAGCAUAUCAAAAUAAUUUAUCGCAUUCCUCAUAUUUUGGCCAUACCAUGAAUAUCGUAAUUUUGGGUUUUACCGAUAUCUGUAAAGCGUUUUUGCGAUUAAUGAUAUUUAGCUGGCAUGGAAUGAGAAAUAUUUCCGAUAAUUGCAAUUGCUUGCCCCAUGUACGGAUAACUGUGAUCUGUAGUCCCGGUGUAAUGGAGGCCGAAUAUGAAAACGCUUUUCGAUGUGACAGCUGUGAAAAUGACGAAGACUGCUGGGUGAAUUAUCGCAAUUGUGAUGCUUUUGUACGGGAUGUUACCGAACGUAUGGAUCUCAGGAACUGGGUGAGAUUUGUGAGCGGUAACGUUAAGGCAGUUGAUACCGAUAAUCACCUUGUUAAAUUGGAAACGGAAUGUGAAAUCUAUUAUGAAACUUUGCUGCUUAUGUGUCACACGGAAUAUGGGGUACCCAGGGGAAUGUUUGAUCCCCAUCCGUUGCCAGCAAAUUAUAUAGAAAUCAAUAGUCGUUUCGACAAGCUCUUAUUUUAUCAUCAGCUGGGAUUUUUCCAACAAAACAUUACUCAUCGUUGCACCAUUGUGGUCUAUGGUCUUCACAUCAGGGCCUUUGAAUUUAUAAACUUUUUAAUACAACAUGGUGUAGAGUCGAAAUCAAUAUCUCUUGUAAUGCCACAUGAGGUGGCCAAUUUACAAAUGGGUCUGAUGUUAAAUGAUUCCAGUAUUGAUGUUCGUAUAGAGACAAUUCUUCGCGAAAUGGUUGAAGAUUUGGGGAUACAAAUUUACGAACGAAUGAAUUUAGAGGAAUUCGAAUAUCGCAAAGAUUCGAAAAUUAUAAAAACGGUGGUAUUUCAAAGUUUUCUGGGUGAAGAAAAACUGUCCAUGGAUUGCGAUUUCUUUGCAAGUUUUUGGGAGAAAUACAUUUCCGAUGAUAUGUUGGAGGUUAUCGAAGAAGCUGACCUGGAUACUGAGGGCUCCAGUGUGCUGAUAAAUGAAAAUUAUCAAACAUCCGACCCGUGGGUCUAUGCAAUUGGCAAUUUUGUCAAGCAUCGCAAUGAACCCAAUCACCAGUAUCGUUUUGUUUGUCCCCAGGAAGCAGCUGAAAAGAUAAUAUACUCAAUGGGUCUCCAAACACAGGAUGCUUCACUUAAGGAAGAGAAAUUUUCCAAGCCCUACUUAUUUCAAGCUCAGCUGCCCAUGGAUCAUUAUCUGUUUAAAGUAACCACACCCAAACGUUAUUUGGCCAACCACUUGGAUAAUGAAUAUGGAUUCCCUUUGGUAACUUAUUCCAAUGGCGAUUUUAGUCGGGUACGACUCAAUGAACAUGGGAUGGUCGAAGAAAUUGUCAUUGUAACAAAGAAGAACAAAGACUAUGACUUUUUGAAAUUCUUUUGUGGCCGCCAUGAAUUACUGCUGAAUAAUUUGCGCUCGCGUUGGUAUCUCAAGGACAUUGAAAGUUUUCUCGACUUUUUUCAAGAACCCUGGGUGGAGCUUAUAAUGAACGAUCAUUUCGAAGAAUUGCAAAAUUUGAAUAAACUGUUAAUAACUCCCUCUGCCCAGAAAGUUAUGAAAAUGAAUACCGAUCGUGAAUCUCGUCACAAAAUUAUGCGUAGCUAUUGUCAAGAUCUGGGCAUUACAAAUCAAUUAGAAUAUGCAGCAUUGGAGUUUCUAAAAAAAUAUCGUUGUGAAUUCUCCACCGACAUAGCCUUGCCGGAAGAUUUUCCAAAGCCACCCAGGAAAACAUUGUAGAUAUAUUAAUAAAAACUUCUAUGAGACAUUUUUUUUAAUUUUCAAUUUUUUAAAUAAAAAAAAAACUUUUGAAUGAAAUCAUCUUAAAAAA